AUGAUAGAUGUCUGUGAAGGAACAAUUGAGCUAAACUUGGGAAAGGACCUAAGGAUGAAGUUUGAUAUCAAGGAUACAAUGAGGAAACCAACUAUAGAAGGUCAGCUCUUUUAUGUUGAGGAAAUGGAUCAGUUGGCAGAUGAGCUUUUAGAAGAGUUAUCAACAGAGGAUCCCUACAAUUUGCGAAGUCAUGGCAGUGAGCUCGAUCAAGAACUCGAUCGAGUCGAGCCUCGAACAAACGAACUCGAUCGAGCUGGGGCUGAAUGCAAGGAGCAAGCUCAAGGAGAUUGGUCUGAGCUCAAGGCACCUAAAGUCGACCUCAAACCUUUGCCUGAGGGCCUCAGGUAUGCAUUUCUGGGUGAAAACUCAACUUACCCUGUCAUUGUGAACUCUGAUUUGGAACCUGAACAGUUGAGUGCUUUGCUUGUUGAAUUGAGGAAGUACAGAAAGGCAAUAGGUUACACUCUAGAUGAUAUCAAGGGGAUCUCCCCUGACCUAUGCAUCCAUAGGAUUCAUCUAGAGGAUGAAAGUAAGUCAAGCAUUGAACCUCAGAGAAGGUUGAACCCCAAUCUAAAGGAAGUAGUGAAGAAAGAGAUACUCAAGUUGCUUGAUGCUGGGAUAAUCUAUCCCAUCAGUGAUAGCACUUGGAUAUCUCCAGUUCAUUGCGUCCCAAAGAAAGGGGGGAUCACUGUCAUUAAAAACGACAAAGAGGAGCUGAUUCCCACUAGAACAAUAGUGGGGCAUCGCAUGUGUAUUGACUAUAGGAAGCUAAAUUCAGCAUCUAGAAAGGAUCAUUUCCCUCUCCCUUUCAUUGAUCAGAUGUUAGAAAGAUUGGCAAACCACCCUUUUUAUUGUUUUCUUGAUGGCUACAGUGGUUUCUUCCAAAUCCCGAUCCACCCUAAUGAUCAGGAGAAGACCACUUUCACAUGCCCUUAUGGCACCUUUGCUUAUCGAAGGAUGCCAUUUGGGCUGUGCAAUGCUCCAGCUACUUUCCAGAGGUGCAUGACCUCCAUUUUUUCAGAUCUGAUAGAGGAGAUGGUAGAAGUCUUCAUGGACGAUUUCUCAGUCUAUGGAGCAUCCUUCUCCUCAUGUUUGUCUAACUUGUGCAGGGUGUUGCAGAGGUGUGAGGAGACCAAUCUAGUACUCAACUGGGAGAAGUGCCACUUCAUGGUUCGAGAAGGGAUUGUGCUUGGACACAAGAUUUCCGAGAAAGGGAUCGAGCUCGAUCGAGCUAAGGUGGAUGUCAUGUUGCAGCUCCCUGUUCCCAAGACUGUGAAGGACAUAAGGAGUUUUCUGGGUCAUGCAGGGUUCUACAGAAGAUUCAUCAAGGAUUUCUCAAAGAUAGCAAGACCCUUGACAAGGCUUCUGUGCAAGGAGACAGAUUUUGAGUUUGAUGAAGAAUGCCACAAGUCUUGGACCUUGCUGAAGGAUGCUCUGGUGUCUGCGCCAAUAGUACAAGCUCCAAACUGGGAUCACCCAUUUGAGAUUAUGUGUGAUGCAUCUGACUAUGCAGUAGGAGCAGUGCUUGGCCAAAAGAUAGACAAGAAACUCAAUGUCAUCUACUAUGCAAGCAAGACUAUGGAUGAUGCUCAGUGCAAGUAUGCAACCACAGAGAAGGAACUCCUUGCCAUAGUCUUUGCCUUUGAGAAGUUUCGAAGCUAUAUAGUUGGAUCCAAGGUGAUUGUGCACACUGACCAUGCUGCCCUUAGACACAUCUUCGCUAAGAAAGAUACAAAGCCAAGACUUCUCAGAUGGAUCCUUUUGCUUCAAGAGUUUGACAUAGAAGUUGUGGACAAAAAGGGAGUAGAAAUGGAGUUGCUGAUCAUCUCUCUAGGAUGCGAGCUGGAAGAAGUUAAGGCUCUGCGUGAUGAGAAUUUGCCAUGGUAUGCUGAUAUAGUGAACUUCAUGGUGUCCGGAGAAGUCCCUAGUAGUUUUGAUGCUUACAAGAGGAAGAAAUUCUUCAAGGAUGCUAGGCAUUACUAUUGGGAUGAGCCUUACUUGUACAAGAGAGGACCAGACAGCAUUUACAGGAGAUGCAUAGCUGAAGAGGAUGUACAAGGAGUUCUAGAGCAUUGCCAUGGGUCAGCUUAUGGAGGUCACUUUGCUACAUUCAAAACAGCAACAAGGUUCUGCAAUCUGGAUUGUGGUGGCCUACUGAUGAUAGGAUUUUACGUGGAUGAAGUGAAUGAAGGAUGA